GCGAAGUUCUGGACCUUCCAGCUGGAACCCGCUUCGUGGAGUCAGACAUGGCGUGCGGUUUCCGCAGGUCCAUCGCCAGUCAGCUUUCCAGAGUGUUGGAUCUUCCACCAGAAAACUUGAUCAAGUCAAUAUCUGCAGUUCCUAUUUCCAGAAAAGAAGAGGUAGCUGACUUCCAGCUUUCUGUGGAUUCUCUAUUGGAAAACAACAAUGACCAUUCAAGACCAGAUAUUCAAAUUCAAGCCAUGAGACUGGCAGAGAAGCUAAAAUGUGACACAGUGGUGAGUGAAAUCAGCACUGGUCAAGGGACUGUAAAUUUCAAAAUCAACAGAGAACUGUUAACAAAGACAGUACUGCAACAGGUGAUUGAAGAUGGCUCAAAAUAUGGAUUAAAAAGUGAACUUUUUUCUGGCCUCCCCCAGAAGAGGAUCGUGGUUGAAUUCAGUUCACCUAAUGUUGCCAAAAAAUUUCACGUUGGACAUUUGCGUUCUACCAUCAUAGGAAAUUUUAUAGCAAAUCUCAAAGAAGCUUUAGGACAUCAAGUAACAAGAAUAAAUUAUCUUGGUGAUUGGGGCAUGCAGUUUGGUCUUCUGGGAACUGGCUUCCAGCUGUUUGGCUAUGAAGAAAAACUCCAGUCCAGUCCUUUACAGCAUCUCUUUGAAGUUUAUGUACAAGUUAAUAAAGAAGCAGCGGAUGAUAAAAACGUAGCACAAUCAGCACAUGAGUUCUUCCAGCGACUGGAACUAGGCGACAUGCAAGCACUUGCACUGUGGCGGAAAUUUCGGGACCUGAGCAUAGACGAGUACAUGCGGAUUUACAAGCGUCUAGGAGUACACUUUGAUGAAUAUUCAGGAGAAUCGUUUUAUCGUGAAAAAUCUCAAGAAGUCUUAAAGUUGCUGGACAGUAAAGGACUCCUGCAGAAAACACUAAAAGGCACUGCUGUAGUAGAUCUUUCAGGGAAUGGUGACCCCUCCUCAAUUUGUACUGUAAUGCGAAGUGAUGGGACGUCUCUGUAUGCAACCAGAGAUCUUGCAGCUGCUAUAGAUAGAAUGGAAAAGUAUAAUUUUGAUAAAAUGAUCUAUGUGACAGAUAAAGGGCAAAAAAAGCAUUUUCAGCAAGUGUUCCAGAUGCUGCAGAUCAUGGGAUAUGACUGGGCAGAAAGGUGCCAGCACGUGCCCUUUGGCGUAGUGCAGGGAAUGAAAACUCGGAGAGGAGAUGUUACUUUUCUGGAAGAUGUUCUAAAUGAGAUUCGAUUGAGGAUGCUACAGAACAUGGCUUCUAUUAAGACGACCAAAGAGCUGGAGAAUCCCCAGGAGACAGCAGAGCAAGUGGGACUCGCAGCCCUCAUCAUUCAGGACUUCAGAGGUUUCCUGCUGUCUGACUAUCAGUUCAGCUGGGAUCGGGUUUUCCAGAGCCGCGGGGACACUGGAGUCUUCCUGCAGUACACACACGCCCGCCUCCACAGUCUGGAAGAGACUUUUGGAUGCGGUUAUCUCAAUGACUUCAACACUGCCUGCUUACAGGAGCCACAAUCUGUUUCCAUUCUCCAGCAUCUUCUCAGGUUCGACGAGGUACUUUAUAGGUCAUCUCAAGACCUUCAGCCCAGGCACAUUGUCAGCUACCUUCUAACUCUAAGUCACCUCGCUGCGGUGGCACACAGAACACUACACAUCAGAAACAGUCCUCCUGAGGUGGCUGGGGCCAGACUUCACCUUUUCAGAGCUGUCCGCUCAGUCUUAGCCAACGGAAUGAAACUUCUUGGAAUAACACCCGUAUGUAGAAUGUAAUUUCUAAUUAAAUUGCUUUUAAAAUACUAAAUUCUAGUUAUCUAUUCUUAUAUGCCUUGCUAUUUAGAAUAGAACUGAAACUGUUAUUCUGUGUCAGAAUCUAUUUUAUUGUCUACAUUUUAUUAAGUGAUUUGUCAACUUAUUAAAUCUUUAUCUUUUAAAA